AUGCUUAAAGACCCUUCAAAGGAGUUGCUAGAGCUUGAUACCUCUGGAGGAAGCUUCUAUAGCUCAGCUGGCGCCACAGAAAUCACCUUUGAGCUGAGUCAUGAUCGUGUGCUCAAAUCUGAUAUUGAUCGUGUGUGGCCAAACCUCAAUGUGAACUUUGAUGAGGGCAGUGGACCGGUGACAGCCCAAAGCCUAAGCGACUACACUGCAGAGCUCUUGGCGGAUCCUUCACCCUUUGGUGGUGCGAAAGGUUCCGUGAAGAUUCCAGCAGGUCAAACUUCGAGUGAUCAGCUGGACUGGGGUCAGUAUGUGGUGUACACCCGAAAACAGGUUUGUUACAUCGCAGCCCUGGUCGCCUCUGGCAACGUGGCGCCGGACUAUGACAGCGGCCUGAGUCGGCUGAUACCUCCGGGCAAAUGCCUGGACGACCUUUACCAAGGCGGCUUUCUCCGAGCGCUGCUGGGGUUGUUGGCCUCGUGUUCGGUGGAUCCCUCUCUGGUGGGAAGUCAAGGUCCAGUGCUAAUCGUGGCCAAGAGCACGGAUGACCUAACCAAAGCACCGCCUUUGGAAAACUCAAACGUGGGCCUUGGCGACGUUCCACUUCGAACCUGCCGCUUCCGCGAUGGCUCCGAGAAUAACGCACCGCUAUCCAGCUCCAUUCCGACGACGCCCGAGACGGCCUGCAAAGUGGAGGAUCCCGAGCCAGUGGAUUUCAUGAGGAGUGGAAACAGUCUGAAAGGGCAGGUCAUGGUAGACAUCACCGCUGCCUGGAUUGGUGGCUAUAUCUUGGCCCACAAAGGCUGCGGUGGAUUUGAUGGUGGUCAGGACGAACGCCUCAUGACCACGAUGCCGGAAGUGAUGGUUCUCAGUUUCUUUAUGUCCCAGAAGGCGUCGCCCAUCGCCAGUGAAGGUGUGUCCUUACUGGUGCCCGCAUACGUCAUCGGUGCACGGAGGAUCUUUGCAAACUUUGAUGGUACUUCCAGAGACAUCGGCCCAGCUUUCAAUCAAGGACAACCUGUUGUUUACGAAGCUGCCAAGAUGAUCUCGGAUUUGGUGGAUGUGCAGAUUGGGCAACAAAUGGCGAAGAUCAGCGCCUCCAGUCCAUUUCUAGGCUUCCAAAGCAUCAACCAAGAAGCGGGCCUCGCCAAUGAUGUUCCACCCGCCAGGCUGAACCAGAACUCCAUCCAGUUCGAGACCUCGGGAGACUACGGUUUCGAGAACCAGGUGAAGGCCUGGUACAAUGCCGUGUCACUGGAGUUCUGGCACCCAGAUGUGCAGGGCGUUUUGAAAACGCUGGCCACAUCCAUUGGCACUGGCCCCUGGGGAUCAGGAGUUUGGUGGGGCAAUAGCCAGAUCUUUGCGUUAGUCGCCUGGAUGGGUCAAGCACUGGCUCAACAAUCUUGGCAGGGGCAGCAUCCAUUCUUGGACUACUACAUCUAUUCCAGUUUCACGGAGAACCCGUCCAACCAGUGCCUCAUCCAUUCCAAAGAAGACUGCAAGAAAUGUCUUGAGAGCUGCGAAAAUGCCUUCGCAGGACAAGGAACCACCCAGAGAUAUUGCUGUAUGGAACCUGAACCUUGGAUCCCAUCAAGUGGGCUCUUUGAUGGCAAGGCUUGUAUCCCUGUGAACUUGCAGGAUGAGAUCUGUGGGCAGAAGGGAUUUGCGGAUGUGUACGAGCACUUCAAAGGCUCUACUGUUGGAGAGCUCUGGAAUGCAGUUAAAAGUGCCGCUACUGACAUUGAUCCCAAAGCCAGCACUUUGUUCGAUGCCAUGCUCCCGCACUGA